UCCUCCGCCUGCUAAAAGUAAACAUCAGCGAAGUUACUAUGAAGUGUUUUCUUCCACUUUCAUUCACAUUCAAAUUAAAUUCACAUCACAUUCCCAUUUCUAGCAAAAUUUUGCGAGCAUGAUACGAGGUGGGAUAAUGUUUAAUUGAUUUCCCAUUGACGAUUUUCGAGAUCAUCGCAAUUAAUUAAUAAACAGACACUCUAUCCACUUACCAUUGCCAUUCACAUUUUUAUCAGUGAACUUUUACAGUCAUAAGAGGUAUCUAUGUAUUUUUGUGGUAGAAAUUCGGUCCAAGUUUUCUGCUAACACUUCAGUUUUUUAUCAUGUUGAUUCCUAAGUAUUUUCCAGCAUACCUAUUCUUACACCUUUUGGCCGCUGAGCAUGUGAAUGCUUGGGAUUGGUCUCUUACUGGAAUUUAUGAACCCCCUUUUCCAAUAAAACCUAUUCCUCUAUUUGCAAAUUACUGUCAAGUUUAUACCAUGGAAAUCAACAAGACUGUCUCAUAUCUCUUUGAAUAUCCAAAUUACAAGGAUGUAAGUGACUUGGAGCCUCCUCGGGUGACCAUCAGUAGUACUAGUGCCGACGAAUCAUACCCAAUUAUAAUCGUAGUCCAGCAGAGAAGAAGUGUUUUAUCUUGGAAGCUUCCUCUCACAAUUCAGUCCAAACAAAAUAGUUAUGCAUAUCAUCGUACAUCUAGGACACUAUGCACUGAUUUAGAGGAUGUACAAAACCCAGAAGGCGAGCAUGAAAUGGUCAUUAGUGUCUCCACAUCCAGUCCAUCCAAUGUUAAUUUCUCUCUGGAAGUUGUAAAGCAACAAAAUUUCAGCAUCAAAUUGGAGGAUGAAUAUGAAACAGUAAUCACACCUUCAGAGCCAGCAUUCUUCCUUUACAACUUUAGUGAAAACGUAUCAUCUGUUCUUCUUGAAAUCGACUCACCAGAUAAAACGUGCAUGACCCUAUCCAUCCAAAACAUAUCAUGUCCCGUUUUUGAUCUGGAACACACAAUUCAGUACAGAGGAGAUUGGGAAACGGUCAGUUCCAAAGGAGGAAUUAUGCUGACGCGGCAGGAUUUUCCUGAGGGUCUGUACAUUGUAUUUGAUCUCCACAGUGAUGAUUCAGACUGCAUAUCAAGCACUGUUGAUGGUCCAGAGGUAGAUGUAUCAGAGGCAGAUAGGAAGAAAGUGAUCCGUUUUAAAUUGAACAAAAAUCUAAACUACGAAGAUUACCUAUUUGCAUCUCUGGCGGUUUUACUCUCAUUUUCCUCCGUCUUCAUACUUUCAGGCCUUUUACUGUGUUGUACCAGGAAGAGCCCGGAAACUGUAACCGUCUCAGAAGAGUCUUGCACAGUCAUUUCAGCCGGUGAAAUCAUUAAUCCAAAUGAUUCUGUGAGUGCAGAUUCCUCUCUAGAUGAAGAAGAAACUGAUAAGAGCAGUAAAGAAAGCAAAGAAUUAGUUGGAACAAAAACAUUUUUAUUUGUGAGCGAUCUGUCGAAAAAAAAUCCUCAAGCUGUGCAGGCUAAAGCUCGGUUGUACUUUUGGAACCUCCUUACUGUUGCUGUAUUUUACUCACUUCCUGUUGUGCAACUAGUCUUCACCUAUCAAAAGGUGUUAAAUAUGUCCGGGAAUCAGGACAUGUGCUACUACAAUUUCCUUUGCUCACAUCGGCUUCUGCAAAUAAGCGACUUCAAUCAUGUCUUCACCAACAUUGGGUACAUAUUGCUUGGUCUACUUUUUAUACUCCUUGUAUAUCGCAAGGAUGCAGCCUGCCAGCUCCACUCUACAAAAGGUAUUCCUCAUCAUUUUGGACUGUACUAUUCCAUGGGAACUGCUCUGAUGAUGGAAGGGAUUCUAAGUGCUUGCUAUCACAUUUGUCCAAAUCAUUCAAAUAUUCAGUUCGAUACAAGUUUCAUGUAUAUUAUUGCCAUGUUAUCCAUGCUAAAAAUCUACCAAAAUCGACAUUCUGAUAUCAAUGCGAGUGCAUACACCACUUAUCUAGUCCUUGCUUGUGUGAUUUUCAUCGGAAUGUGCGGUAUUCUCAAUGGCUCCUUCAUAUUCUACGUUGUUUUCACUGCACUCCACAUCAUUACAUGUUUUUUUCUAUCACUUCAAAUCUACUACAUGGGUCGAUGGAAACUAGGAUUUCAUUCUUUCAAGAGAACGAUCAUCGAAUUCUUCACGAAUCUCCGAGCUGGACUGAGGCACUGUAAACCCAUGUAUCCCAAUCGUAUGGUUCUUCUAAUUUUAGGAAACGCCUGUAAUUGGGGGCUAGCUGUGCAUCUCUGGAUGUCCAACCGAAGCAAUUUUGCAACGUAUUUGUUGAUCAUAUUCAUGGCAAAUUUAAUUUUAUAUUUAACUUUUUACAUCACCAUGAAACUACUAUCUGGUGAAAGGAUUCUCCUACAACCCUCCCUGUACAUAAUUUUUGCUGUCAUUUUUUGGGGUGCCUCUGGAUACUUUUUUACCAGCAGAUCAACGAACUGGCAGUUAACACCUGCUGAAUCUAGAACCUACAAUAAAUCUUGUAUGUUGCUGAAAUUUUACGACAAUCAUGACAUCUGGCAUCUGAUAUCUGCUGGUAGCAUGUUUUUCUCAUUCAUGGUUCUUCUCACUUUAGAUGACGAUCUGAAAGAUAAAGAGCGGAAAUUGAUUCCUGUGUUUUAAAAUGCAAGAGACGUCAUUUUGAAUAUAUGUAUUAUUUUAUUUAUCUUUAGGUAUGAUACUAUCUGUGAUUUUAGCACCUACUUCAGUGGCAAUUUAUGAAGCAUAACAUGUUUGUGUAAGUAAUUUUUUUUUUUUUUGCUUACACAUUAAUUUCCAAGCCUUACUCAUUUUUUUAAGUUUAAUUCAAAAGAAUUAAGUGAAUUUUAAUAUAUAUAUAUUUUUCCAAUUACCAAAUAUUAUCCAAGAUCUGUGCUAUUGUUGUUCUCAUCUUUCUAAAAAGCGAAUUACGGUGGUAUGUAUGUGCUUCAUAAAAUCAUAAACUAUCUUAGUGCUAGAGAGAAACUUCUCUUUAAUGCUUUGAUUUUCUGCAGACGUGACUUUUCAAACAUAUUCCUAUGCAAGCAAGCAUACAUUUUCAUUAAAUAAGCAUCAACUCCAAUAGUAGCCUCUUCAGUUGUAGAGAGCUCUCUUAGAUUUUUUUUUGUUAGUGUUUUUACUAGGAUGGAUUUCAAAGAAAAUUCACCUCUUUUUUUCUCGAGAACCAUUACUGUAACGAAAAAACCCCAAACCACUGUUAAAACAUACACGCUCAUAGCUUUCAGACAAGUUUUAUUUUUCGAAAGCUGGUCCACAAAUUCCAAAGAAAUUAUAGAUUUUUUACUCUCACCUCUUCUGCAAAUACGCCCUCUUUCCAUGCGCUGCAGACCUUCACAUAAAAAAUAAAUCUAAGUCUCAGGAAAAGUAAAUUAGAUUCAUUAAUAAAUUUGAGAAAGACAACUUGGACCAAAUUUAAAAACCCUUAGCAUGUAAGAAAGCUGAAAGUAUGUACGUUUUACUGCUAAUCUGAUUUUUACCCUACAAUUGAUAGUUCUGGAGAAAAGAAAUAGGUAAAUUUAUUUCAAGAUCCAUCCUCGUAGUUUAAAAUAUCAGAUAGUUUGACUUAUCUGAGUCAAAUUAUUAUUUAAUUUCUCCCUCCCAAAAAUUUAUAUACCUCAGAGAUCCAUCAUGAAGAUGGUCCAUCGAAGCAAUGCCUGUGCACAUAAUACCUUCUCCUAAAAUGGUUGUUCAAUUUCUUGGACCUGGCCUCAUACCUCUAACGGUCUGCCUCCUUGAAUUUUGAUAAAAAAGCUGUGAGAUGUCCUAUUGAUGUAUGUAUAAAUAUAUUGUAUUCACUUACAUAAUGAGAAUAUAAUUUUAUAAUGUCUUUUUAUAAUUAAUGAAGUUAUGCGUGCUGUAUAAUUUUAUUUUGUAUUACUUUGUCUUUUGCAGUCAUAAAAUUUUAUGAUUACUGUACCUUAAACUGGAACCAAAAGUAACCUGCAGUUUGGUAGCCGUAGAAACUUCAGAGUUUCAGAACCUCUGUAUUCACUUCAUUUUUCCAGGAAUAAUCAUUGCAUAGUUUUAUAGAAAAAAUCUUGGAAGCAAUUUCCACCAGUUUUUGCCUUCUUUAUUAGUGAGUUAGGCAAGUAGAAUAAAGAAUCUCUAUCUUCCUAGAAAUUUAGAGCAAGGCAAAUAAUUGCUAUUCAAGAAAAAUGAAGCAGAUUUAUAGAAAUUAGUGUUAGAAAACGUUGACAGUUGAACUGACCAACUCUAAAAAUGAGAGAAUCAUUAGGUUUUUGAAACCGCAUAAAAACACUAGAGGUUUUCUGACUAAUCCUCAAUAUUACCCUGCAAUUUACAGCCAUAAAUUUUUAAGCUUGAUUCUGAUGUGAAAUGCUUACGCUCGUGUGAGUAGACCAUUAGAUACUUCUAAUGGUCUACCUUGCGGCUACCUUGAUACUUCAAGGUAGCAGCUAAUGCAUGGAUGUUUUCAAAAGCAAGGGUCCCCAAAUUACUCAUUCAAUUUACCGUGUUCAGUGCGGUUCAGGAUAUACUCUGCUCUUGUCCUCACUUUAUCACAGGUGCAUAUUAUUUCGCCCUUUUAAGAGUACUGUAUUGAUACCAUUGUAGUCCCUUGGAACUGAACUACAGUAAAAUCGCCUUCAAACUCA